AUGUCGCGGCAUAUACCUACUGAGCAGCGACCAAGAGGUAAUGGACAUGUUGGUGAGAAUGGUUCUAACCAACAACCACAACAACAGAGGCAAUACAGUUACCAAAACACAUUCUACGAUCAUGGUGAUGAAGAACAGGAUGGUGAUCAUCAUCAUCAUACUAACCAACAACACAACAAUCAUAAUCAACAUAAUCAACAUCAUCAACCACAAUACUUUAGUCAUGGUGUUAAUGGUACAAAUGGUGUAGUACACGAAGAGAGACAAUCUCCUCAUCGUACAUACCAUCAUAAUCAACAGCAGUUUCAACAACAACCAACUCAACCAAAUAUUGUACAACUUUCAACUUUUGAUUCAAUACUUUAUGAUUUGGAAGAUACAAAGAAUGAAUUGAGAGAAACAAGACAAAACUAUUUGAAUCUAUUAAAUAAUGUUCAUCAAGUGACUGCAGGACAAAAGGAAAUGGAUAAGUUGCGAAACUCUGAAUUGGUAUCACGUGCACACAUAUCGAUACUAGAAAAGGAAAAGGAGCGAUUCAUAUCAACAUUGGCGUCGGUCUGUUCAAAUGCAUCUGACUUGUCUAAUCUUCUAGUCAGUUUAUUGUUGACCGAUGAGAAUGGGAAACUUAUAGUCAAGAUUUCCGAUGAUGAAGAUGAUGAUGAUUAUAAUGACAGUCAAGAGGACGACCAUACUUUGGCAAAUGCCGAGUUGGAACGUGACAUGUCCCGUAGAGCAUUGGGACGCGCAGAAGCUGAAAAUAGACAGCUCAAGACACACCUUGAACAAUGGGAGCAUACUGGUCACCAAAUAUACAAGGGUAUUUGUGGAUUGACAGGUAAUAAUACAAGUGAAACCGGUAGUACUGGCAUUCCAAAUAAUAUAGAUAUGAAUCAUUUUGCACAAACUAUGGUCAAGAGUGUUCAAACGACACUUGAUCGAGAACACAACAGGAAUGCACUACUAUCAAGGAAUAUAGAUACAUUAAUCAGUACCGUUUGGGAGAGCAUUCAUUUACCUCAGACUCGGCUCGCCGAUAAUCUAAAAAGUUUGGAUUCUCAACAAUUCCAACAAAGUAUAGAAUUUUUAAAAACUGUCAUAAAAGAAACCAUUGUAGAUAUGUUUGAAACAACUAAUAGAAAUCAAUCCGUAUGUUAA